AUGCGGCCACCACAGAGCGAGCCGCUUGACUUACAUAGGAGUGAGCGCGACACUCGCACACCAGCACCCGGGGGUGCGGCUCCUCCCUUUGCGCCCACCAACUCGAGUACACGAGCGAUGCGCUCAGAAGACUCGUGGGUUGAGAUCUCAUCGCGCCCUUCUUCAUCGUCCCUCUCAUCCACAAGCAACGACAUCGUCACGACCGGCCUGCAAAUCCACCCCUACGAAGAGUGGUCUUCUCGUCAACCCCGAGCGUCGGCCAGCCUCUCCACCCCUCAACCUCGGUCGACGAGCGCAGCUGGUAGCAGUCAAGACGAGUAUGAAGAGAGUGAGAGCGAAAGCGAUCCAGUUCUGAGCAGUUCCACCGAAGACUUCUCUCAUGAUGAUAAUGCAGACGACGAUGACACCUCCACCGCUUUGGGUGUUGGCACCAUUGGCAGAGCAUUCACGCCUCAACCCAAUGCGUUCUCCCAUCCGCCGUCAUCACAAGGCCGGCCCAUCCCAGACUCUUACUUCCCUACUGCCCCGUCCUCCACACCGCUCUCGACCAUCGGGGAACGGACCGUGACCCAACGAAGCUAUGAAAGACAAGCUCAAUCGAGGCACCGAACAGGCAAAUCAUCCUAUCGACCCGACCACGAUGCCGCGUUGCGGGCCUCCUUGACGACCCUGUUGUCAUGUGCCGCGGCCGUCCAGCCCAAGGGCUCCGACACCCGGGCCACGACAGCGGCACGACCCUCGCCUCAGCCAACCGCUCUUCGCCUGGUGCCAGAGUCGGAACUGGAUGGUACCGCUCAGGCCAGGAGAUCGUCGUCCCCGAAGCACGCCAAACGCAAGUCCAGAGAAUACAGUAAGGAGCGACAUGCUAAGAAAGUCCGGGCCGCCAAAGCGGCGGUGGCCAACGACGAGCUCAUCAACCCGACUCUCGCUUCUUGGAUGAUAUCCGCUGGCGUUGUCCUUGUGUUCUCGGCCAUCAGCUUCAGUGCAGGCUAUGCAUGGGGUCGUGAAGUCGGUAAAUUGGAAUCGGGCACCGGGAUGGCCGGUGGAAACUGUGGGCGAGAGGCAUUGCGCGGAAGUGGCAGCGGCAGCGGGCUCAGGCGACUGAGAUGGACUUCAGCCCCGAGCAGCAUUAGCGCAUGA